AUGGAACACUUAGAACAAUUCAAUCUUUUUAACCAAGUUAUAAAAGUAUUACCUUCGUUUUGUAAUGCAUUGGAAGAAGCUGCUGGAAUAGCUGUUGAUCCAGAAAGUAAAUAUCAAAUUUCAAAAUAUAGAAUUGAUAUUACUGAUAGUGAUGAAAUUGCUAUUAGAGAAUAUCGUAGAUUAUUUGAUGAAUUAAAUUUCAUAGUAACAGAGAAUUUAAGAAUAAUCAAAAGAGUAAAUGAAGCUGUUGAGUUACUCAAAAGAGCUUUUACCUUAAUGGAAGCUGUUCAAAAAAAUGAAGAGAAAGAGAUGAGUGUGAUUGCGUCUACAGCAAAUGAAUUAGCACUAAAAAUAGUAGAAAAAGAAACAGACAAAUAUAAUAAAGAAAUAGACAAAAUUAAUAAAGAAAUUCAAUUUCAAAUGCAAGAAAAAAGAAACGAAUUUAAUGAAAAAAUUCUUGAUAUUCAAGAAUGUAUUAAACCAGUCGCUAAUGCUGUUACCCUUUCUAAAAUGGAAACUCCAAUUACUUCAAUGACUUCAAGACCAAAAAUUCCUGUGAUUAAACGAAUUAAAAAAACAAAUUGUGAAAUAUUGAAUUUAUUUUCUUUUGGAUUAAAUAAACCUGAAGAAGACACUGACCUUUACGUUGUUAAUGAAAAUGUUAAAACAUUUAGAACCUGGUCAGCAUUAAAAAAAUGUAAUUUAAUUUAUGACUCAUCAAUAAAUUGUUAUGAGGAAUUUAGAAGAAGUGUUAUCUGUAGAAGUAAUUUGUUUUUCAUUAAUUUUGAUGACCAAGGUAAUGUAUUUGGGGCAUUUGUUAAGAAACAAAUUACUAAAAUUAAUGUCUUUGUUAAAGACAAAGAUCACUUUUUAUUUUCAUUAAAUGCUAAUGGAAGAAUAGUUACUCCAAUCCGUUUUCUUCCUAAGAAAAACCAAUAUGAUUGUGCUGUUACUAUUUUUGCAGAAGUUAGUAAAAAAGAAAAGAAAAAUGAUACUCGACUUUAUCAAAUUGGAAGUUUUGAACUUGGGAGAGGAUCAAUGGGUAUUCGUGCUAUUGGAGAAAAGAAAAGUGAUUGUUGUCAUCUUUCUCAAAGUUAUGAAGGAAUUCAAAACUUAACUUUAACAGGAACCAAUCACCCUGCAGAAUUUACAACAAGAAGAGUUAUUGUUGUACAAAUGGAAUAA